AUGGAAGCACUCCUCCUCAACGCAGAGAACAGAUCUGCCGAAGUCAAAACCAUAUCCAAGCCGAUACCUCGGUGGAAUGAGAUUCUCAUCCGCGUACACUCCAUUGCCCUCAACCCUGUCGAUUCUCUCUAUGUGUACCAUCCUCUUGGAUCAACUGGGCGAGUGAUCGGCAGCGAUUUCGCCGGGACUGUGGAAUCGCUUGGCCCAGACGUGCCUGCGACUGGCGGCUUGAAGCCCGGCCAUCGGGUCGCUGGGUUCCUUCAGGGGGCCAGCAGUGUCAACGACCGGCCAGGCGCUUUUGCUGAGUAUCUUGUCUGUCCGUAUGAUUUGGUGUGGAGAGUUCCCGCCGAUCUGAGCCUGGAGGCUGCAGCGGCAGUCAGUCUCUGUGGCUUGACUGCUGCUCAGGCGUUGUUCUACCGCCUGGGUAUGAAGGCACCGUUCAAGUGGGAUGACCUCAGGGCGCAGGACGAUGCGUGUAACUUCUCGGUCUUCAUUUAUGGCGCAUCAACUUCCGUGGGUCUGUACGCGGCGCAGCUUGUGAGACGGGCAGCCGAGGCAAGUGGAGGCAAAGUUCGAUUGGUUGGCGCUGCAAGUCGAAAGCACUUUGGGAUGCUGAAGGCGGAACCUUAUGGUUAUGAUCACCUUGUGGAUUAUCGAGACGAUAACUGGCCUGAGCAAGUCCGGACCUUCACUGACGAUAAAGGGGUGAAGUAUGCAUAUGACUGCAUAUCUGAAGGCUCAACGAUUGUCAACACCGCGAAGACCCUGGCUGUGGGUGCGGGGAUGGCUGUCGUUCGCUCACGUCAAGGUGGUGCGUGGGACACUCCCAGGGAAGAGCUCCCGACUGAGCCAAUCUAUGGGGCUGUAUGGGAAGGUUUGGGUGAAGACGUACAGUAUGUUGGAAUGUUCCUGCCGAAGUCAAAGGUGUCAAGAGACUUUGCAACGGCAUUUUAUAAGUGGCUCUCUGAAGAUGGCAGGCUGCAACCCAACCCGAUUCGGUUGAUGCCAGGAGGCUUGAAGAAGGUCAUGGGUGAUGGCCUGAGAUUGAUGGGCUCUGGGACCAUGGAAGACCGUGAGGCCAGCAGGACGGAAGAGUGGAUGAAGCCAGUCAGUGCUGAGAAACUCGUCUAUCAGUUGGAAAGGUCGAAUUGA